AUGUCAGGCGCCACAGCACCCGGAGAACAGCACGAAGUCCGCCAGACCUCAAGUACAGCAGACUACCACCCCGAUCCCUCCAAAUCUCUCCCACUCUCCCCAGCCCGUCAGGCUCUCGUCGACGACAUCCUCGCCCUCUAUUCCUGCCAGCCCACCGUCCGACGCGUCGAACGCUACACUCCCGAUUGCGUCUACGAUGACCAAUUCGUCUACGCCAACGACCGCUAUAAAAUGGCCGGCCAAUGGUUCGCUCUCCCCAAAUUCUUCACCGAAUCCAAGAACGAAGGCUAUGAGAUCGUCAAGAACGACGAAAACCUGAUCCAAUUUAAGAACGAACAGAGUUGGACUUUCAAACUUAUUCCGAAGACGGCGACGAUUAACGCGUUGGUCAGUCUGAGUCUGGAACCGGGGAGUGAGGAAACGGGGUUUGUGAGGGUGAAGUAUCAUAAGGAUCAGGCUAAUGAGAAGGAUUAUUCGCAUGAAGGGGUCGGGUUUUCGUUUAAGAAGUGGCAAGCGGAUAAUGUUGUUAAGGUUAUGGAUGCGGAUGAGGUGAAGUACUUCGAAAAGGAUAAGGGGGCGGCGAAGGAGGAGGUGAGAAAAUAUGGGACAGGUACGGAAGAUGGCGAUGCGCCGAAGAAGGAUUUCUAG